UUCUUAUAACCGUUGUACGUAAGAUAACGUCAACAACAACGUAGAGUUGGCUUGUAACUGGGAGCAGCUAAAUGAACAGUUCCGUGUGUUUACCGGUAACAUACCGGCUACAUGAGUUGAAUGCGACGCUAAUCUGAACGGUUAUUGUUUGUUAAUGUAACUCGUCUUUGCUUCACGAUGAAUGCAUCACUUUAUAACGUUACACCGUCGACAGCCGGUACUAAAGCUAAAGCUACACUACUCUGCUACAACACUAACAGCUACAGCUGGUUUUAAAGAGCCGUUGAUUGAACUCUACUGUUGGAUGUUGGAGACUUCAGUUUCAGAUUCUCUGACAAAAAGUCAAAGUGAUGGAGUUUCCAGAAGAUUUCAACCAGCUUGAGCUUCUGAAUACACAUGGACACCUGAUCCCCCGAGGGGCCAGCAGCCUGUGGACGGGAAGCAAGGAUGAGGAGGAAGAGGUGGAAGAGGAGAAUGGGGACCAGAGCGAAGAGUGGUGUCUAGAAAAAGAGGAAACUCUCAAAGACCAUCCAAAGGUGCUCAUUCUGUGGGCAGCGGAAAACAAUCGCCUGUCAACAGUCCACAGGUUGUUAACUGCUGAUCCCUCGCUGGUGCACUGCCGUGACGAGGACGGAUACACUCCACUGCAUCGUGCAGCUUACAACGGCCAUGUUGAUGUGGUUUCCGCUUUAAUCGCCGCUGGGUCUAAGGUUAACGCUCGCACCAACGACGGCUGGACGCCCCUUCACAGCGCCUGCCGCUGGAGCCGCGUCGUCGUGGCGAGUUUUCUCCUGCAAUAUGGAGCCGAACUGAACGCCCAGACCAACGGCGGGCUCACACCGCUACACCUGGCCGCCUCCAACACCACCGCCUUCAGAACGGACGCUCCUCGCACGUUAGAGCUCCUCCUCUCUCAGCCACACCUGAAGCCGGAGCUCCGCAGCAACAGCGGGGAGACGGCGAGCGAGGUGGCCUGGCGUACUGGCCCACAUCACGCCCUGUUUGAGAUGGUAGAAGACUGUGUCAAUGUGGUACCAUCUCAUGAAUGAAAAACACGGGUGCAAGUUUU